AUGAAACACCUAAAAUCUUAUAAAGGGCUAUUUAUGCGCUGCCUCAUCUUUGCCACUAGGCACGUACUGUUAUGUCUAAUUGGCGCGUCCAAACCAUGGUACAUAUAUGAUGCCAAUAUGCAGUGUCCCAUGUUAUCUGGUGAGAAGCUCGCCGGGUACUUGUUGGGGAAGCACAUCCGGUACUACGACCCUCAGUCCGAUUUUGGCUGCCAUGUUGUCGUAUGCAACACGCGUCACAUAGCCGUAAAAGACAAUAGCCGGUAUUGGAAACGGUUUUUGUACCCUUCGUACACCAGAUUUGGAGUGCGGCGCGUGGACCAUACCAUGGAGGAGUUGCAUAUGCGCGAUCCAACUGAAGUUUUACGCCGUGAAAUUCGCGUCCACCUACCUAAUCGCGAUGCAAGAAUGUACUGGCUUGCGCGAUUGCAUUUGUAUCCUGAUGGUGUAGAAACGAUACCAAAGGAUAUCUUGGGUAACCUUUCUGGGGUGAUACCCCGAGUCAUGCCCAUACCCAAGCGCCUCAGCGAGUAUACCGAACGCGAGCUGGAAGAGUUUCCGAAGCUUUUUGACUGGUAA